CCACCCCUCGUUUAAGCGCAUCUGAUUGCUUCCACUUGGUGCUUGCCAAAUCUCGUAGCGUCUAUCCCCGCCGCCUAACAACGCUUGAUGCUAGUGGCCAUUGACGGUUUCACAUCCAAACCUUGAACCUCACACGCCUUCUAACAAAACGACGCGACUUGAGACGCGUCAGCAUAUAGACACAUAGUCAAAUUCAACCAGCACACUUUUCAACUUCAAACUGUCCGAAAAGGCACUUGAGCCAACGCGAAAUCAUGCCCAUGUACGGUGACUUGGGCAACAAACUGGUCCAACAUGCCAAGAGGACACAGAACUUGAGCCAUCUUCCACCUUACCAGACCGAGCUUGUCCGCGCAGUGGCUCGAGAAAUCCGGGAUCUUGACAAGGACGUCGCCAGUUUACUCGAACCUUUUCAGGGGUCCUUUGAUCCUUCCACGGAACAGGCUACCGCAUGCACGCUGCUGGUCAACCACCUGUCUAUGCGGAGGAAUAAGCGCUGUCUGCUUGCGUAUCAUCGAACUCGAACAGACAAGCUCGAGGAGCUGGUGUGGAAUGGAGCCGAUAUUCUCGAUCUUGCCGGCCAGGCGACAGGAGUGCCCAAGGGCGUGACGGUUGGCAAUGAGGGAAGCGGGACCACCAGCAGUCUUAGUCCCCAGGAAGAGGAUUACUUUCGCCAGUUCGGAGAUUUGUUGGCUCUAUACAAAGGCCAAUGGACAGAUGUCGAUCUCACAGGCAGUCUCGAACCCCCACGAGACCUCUUCAUCGACGUUCGAGUAUUGAAGGAUGCGGGGGAGAUCCAAACCGAAUAUGGGGCGAUCAAUCUGACCAAGAACAGUCAGUUUUAUGUCCGGCAAGGAGAUGUGGAGCGUCUGAUUGCGCAGGGAUAUCUGCAAAAGCUGGGUUGAAUAAUAUCAGCCUGGCAGGUUUCGAGACCGAAGCUUGUUGCUGCAGACCAGCAAUGGACCACCGCUAUCGGCAGCGGUUGCGGACAGAUCAAGCAAACCCAGACCAUUGAUGGCGUGGCGCCCCCAGGCCAGUACCGGAGCGAAAGUGACAGGCUCAACGAGGUUAACCGCAGGUUAAAUGGAAGUACAGGCGAUCCAGGAAGCCAUAUG